AUGGGGAAACUAGCUGCGAUUUUCAGCACAGUCGAUUUCGAUAGUCUGAAUUUUGCCGAUGGAGACGACAUUCUCGAAAGGACAUCGUCCAAGCUCUACUGUAAGCUUUCGCCUGAUGUCUGUACGAAGAAGCUGACCCAGCAGUUUGAGCAAAACAUGCUCAGCCAAUGCGAGAACACAAGCAUUUCCAGCGUUUGUUCCAAGGUACCCUCCAGUGGUCGUCCUAUGGUGUAUUGUGCAGGUGUAGCACAAGGAGGGGACAUGGAAUUCGAGAGGCUCCAUAAGCUAUUGCAAAAGGAGAUGAACACAGCGGAAAGAAUGAGGCUAUUAGAGGCGCUGGCAUGUAGCCGAGACCCACGGAAAUUGAGAAAAAUACUGUAUGAGAGUAUGAACGCCGGCAAGGGUUCAGUUCCCAAGUCUGACGUGCAUCAGCUGGUUACCGCUAUGAACGAUCAACCAGUAGGAGCCGAAAUCGUGGGCGAUUUCGUUUUGGACAACUGGAAGGAACUUACGGAAAGGUUUUCCCAAGAUCGUAGCGGUUUGUCAGCAGUACUGGAAAAUGCUAUCCAGCUCAAUAGCGAACGAGAAGUCAAAGAAUUUGAGCGAUUCCUCGUGGAUCAUAAGAGCUCGGCUCGAGGUCUAGACGUGCUUAAACGUCAACUGGAAGUUGCUCGUAGUCGGCAGCACUGGUUAAAGACGAACAGGGAUAAACUUGAAAAACUUCUUCGAUCCCAAACGUAUAAAAAGAGAAUUAUAAAGGCUGUUAUUUGA